GGCGUGAAGAAAUUAGUUCGAUAACAGUCAUUGUUUUGAUCACUCGUGUCACAGAUUGUUAUUUUAGAGUUCGAAUUAUGAAAUAAAUUAAUUUUUGAAAAACAAAAUGGCGGCUAGUUUAGUGAAACGUAUGUUGUGUGUGGAGGAUAAGGUGUUCUUGGUAACUGGUGGUGCCGCUGGCGUGGGCGCAGGUAUAGUUCGAGGGCUACUCAAUGAAAAUGCUAGACAUGUAGCAUUCCUCGACGUAGCAGACAGAGAAGGUUCAGCUCUAGAAGCGGAGCUCAUAACCAAGUUCGGAGCCCUAAGAGCGAAGUUCAUAAAAUGCGACAUUUCUGACGAAGCCCAGCUGACUGCAGCAUACAAACAAGUGCUGGAUAAGUACCGGAGACUGGAUGCGGUUAUUAACAAUGCUGCCGUGUUGAGUAUUGAUGACAGAAACGUUAAGAGGAUGGUGGAUAUUAAUUUUACUGCAACGGUCACCAGUACAAUGAAAGCCUUGGAUAUAAUGGGGGCGAAUAAAGGGGGAAAUGGGGGAACUAUCAUUAAUAUGUCAUCGUUAUUGGCGCUUAACCUUGGGAGCCAUCUGCCUGUGUACGCCGCGACGAAAACGGCUGUUCUACAGUUCAGUAUUGCUAUGGGGGCAGAAAAAUUAUAUUCAGAGAGCAAAGUCCGCGUCAUCACAGUGUGCCUCGGGCCGACUGACACGGCCAUCUUACACAGAAGCAACUUGCAGAACUUCGACAAAGAUUCCGCUGAGCCAAUUGCUUCCCGCGUGUCCGUGAGGCAGAGGGUGGGGUCGGCAGUGUCAGGCAUUCUAGAAGUAAUAGAUCUAGGGAAAAGCGGUUCCACGUGGAUUGUGAAAGAUGACCAGAAAGCGUAUGAAAUUACAGACAAAUUAAGCCAGGCUUUUGAAGUUCUAUCAGAUAUCUAACUUAUUGGGUUCACGUUUAAUUUAGGUAGAGGAAUAAUUGCAUCGUGAUUUUUUGUAUGAUGAUUUAUAAGACUUGUUUGAUUUAUGUACGGAUAUUUAUUAUUUUAUUUUUCAUUAAUGUUAUUGGCCACCCGUGCUAUAUUGGCGUACAGGUGGAAAGCUAUUUCCAGUUAUAGUUCUUAGAGGUAUCUUCCUGUAAACGAAAGUAGUACCUACACAAUUUUAUGUAUAACCUACCAACUGGGGCUCUGACAGAGAAUAUAAUAUUUCUCGAUGAAAAACAACGCAUUUUUGACAUUCGAUAAAAAAUAUAUUCUCUGAAUUUUCGAUAUUUGGUUGCGUGAACAUUGAGCGAUCGGAAUCAUCAAUAAACCACUGGGUUACCGCGCACUACAA